UAAAAGCGCAAACGUUAUAACGUCCCGUUCACUGUUCAGAAUCGACUUAGAUUUCAUUUCAGAAUAUCUCUUCAACUACGCUGAGUUUAUUUCUCUAAACUUUGUAGAAAAGUAGCUUUGUCAUACUAAACUUUGUUUUUUUCCGUGAUCUACUUUGGAAAGUUCAGAUUUCCAUCUCAACAUGAAAGCACUUUUAAUUGCCUUCUUCUCCAGUUUUUUGAUGACUUGGGUAUCUACAACUUCUCAGUUUUAUCAAGACUUAAGCGAUACACCAGAUGAAACUCCAGAUGAAGUGAGAGAUUUCUUCAGACUUCUUCUUCUAUCAAGAUAUGGAGGACAAGGAGCACCAGAUUAUCCGGAUAUUGAAGAAGAAAAACCUGUUAUUGAUCCUUAUUUGUAUAGUUCAGGAGCGGCAAAAAUGGUUCCGUUUCGUCAAGCUCUACAGAAUUACGUAGAUUGGAAGAAAGGAAGCUUUCCAUACCAACAGGACCAAUUGAAUAACAGGGAUCAAUCUAUUUACGAAAGCCAACAUAUGAAGAAAAAUCGACAAAACAAUAAGGAAGCCAUAAUUAACUCAAAGACUGCAUCAUCAACUGAAGAAACCACAACAAAAUUGCAAUCCUCAACAACUUCUGGCCCAGAUCUAUUAGCUUCCAUGCCACCUGUCACUCCAAAUAAAGGACAAAAGGAAUACGUCAUGCUACGUCCACCAGUGGAUAAUCAUCGAAAAAUUGAACAUUGGAUGCAAUCAAUGGCUAAUGGAAUCUUUGGAAUGGAUCACCACUUAAUACAAAAAAGGGGAUCGAAUCAAGCAGCCAAGAACACAAAUUGAAGCAAAUGCUGAUUGUUGCGCUUGAUUUCGUUAUAUUUUUUUGUUACAUUUGAAACACGAUUUUCGAAUUAUGUAUGUGUGUAAUUACUCUAAAAUAAUAAUCACCAAAAGAAGAAAUUAGAGAAAAGAAUAUGAGAUCUGUGCAUAUCACUAAUUCACUUUUUCAAAUUGUUUUUUGUUUUAUUGUUUUCAACUCUCAGAUGCAAUUGUUCCUUAUUUUUAAAUAUUUUAUUAAGCAUUGUUAAUGAGAAGUGUAUGUGAUAUUUAUAAUUUAAAUAAAUUUUUUGUUUAUUCGA